AUGUCGAAUCAUUUCGAAGCUGGUUUACAGAGAGUGACGAGGAAACGGGUCAAAGGAUGGACGUUGAAGGUUCUCAUUGGAAGUAUCAUUGUCGUUUUCAGCUUGAGCGGGGUUGGAAGGGCAUCUGGAAGGACGGCUGGAAGACAGAGAAUCGGGGGGCGAGGAAAUCUGGACAACUUUGAAGAAAAGAUCGUCUGUAGGACAGCAUCUCCGAUCCGAGCCAACCGCAGCGAGAUUCUGAAGUUUAUCGACUCGUUCUGUGCCGAGGCGCUGGGUCAAGAGUUCGGCGGGACGGAUGGCGAGGAGGGGAGGACGGAGCUGAAGGAGCUCUACACGAUCGACCCCGCCCAGCGGGCUAGCGGCAUGGCCAGCCACGUCCUUCUGCACGUCAAGUCAAUCAACGGAUGCAGGUUUUCGGUCGGCUUCAGCUGCGGCAGGUUCCUUUCAAGACCAACCGACGAAUGUAACAUCGGCGACGAAGCCAAACAAGGCGGUUAUGUCGCCAAUGGCUGCUCGCUGUGGAAGACGAUCCCGCUGGUUUAA